CCCACGGACUUCCGCCGCCGAAGCCCCGUCCCACCGCCGUCCUUGCGUCCUUCCGGCUCCGUCGUGGAAGCAGCACUUCGCAGCGUCUUCGUGAGGAAGGUACUCCGAGGGACGACCGAGUCGCCGGUGUGAGACGGAAGCUCGGAGACUCGGAGCCGCAGGACGACCGACCCGAGUGCCCACCGUGUGCCCCGCUGCCGCCCGCGCACGCCCAGCCACACAGCUGCGCCCAAGCUUGUCUAGCAACCGCCUGGCCGAGUGCUCACGAUGCUGGGCCCUGAGGGAGGUGAAGGCUAUGUGGUCAAGCUCCGUGGGCUGCCCUGGUCCUGCUCGAUUGAGGACGUGCAGAACUUUCUCUCCGACUGCACGAUUCGUGAUGGGGUGGCAGGUGUCCAUUUCAUUUACACUAGAGAAGGCAGGCAGAGUGGUGAGGCUUUUGUUGAACUCGAGUCUGAAGAUGAUGUCAAAAUGGCCCUGAAAAAAGACAGGGAAAGCAUGGGGCACCGGUACAUUGAGGUGUUCAAGUCUCACAGAACCGAGAUGGAUUGGGUGUUGAAGCACAGCGGUCCCAACAGCGCUGACACCGCCAACGAUGGCUUUGUGCGGCUCCGGGGACUCCCAUUUGGAUGCACAAAGGAAGAGAUCGUGCAGUUUUUCUCAGGGUUGGAGAUCGUGCCAAAUGGGAUCACACUGCCUGUGGACCCCGAGGGCAAGAUCACAGGUGAGGCCUUCGUGCAGUUCGCCUCGCAGGAGCUGGCUGAGAAGGCACUCGGGAAGCACAAGGAGAGGAUCGGGCACAGGUACAUCGAGGUGUUCAAGAGCAGCCAGGAGGAGGUGAGGUCGUACUCAGACCCACCCCUGAAGUUCAUGUCCGUGCAACGGCCUGGGCCCUAUGACCGUCCCGGCACAGCACGGAGGUACAUUGGCAUUGUGAAGCAGGCAGGCCUGGAGAGGAUGCGCUCCGGGGCCUACAGUGCAGGUUACGGGGGCUAUGAGGAGUAUAGCGGCCUCAGCGAUGGCUACGGCUUCACCACCGACCUGUUUGGGAGAGACCUCAGCUACUGUCUCUCCGGCAUGUACGACCACAGAUACGGAGACGGCGAGUUCACAGUGCAGAGCACCACUGGCCACUGUGUCCACAUGAGGGGGCUGCCCUACAAAGCCACCGAGAACGACAUCUACAACUUCUUCUCACCACUCAACCCCGUGAGAGUGCACAUCGAGAUCGGGCCUGACGGCAGAGUGACGGGGGAGGCCGAUGUGGAGUUCGCCACCCACGAGGAAGCUGUGGCAGCCAUGUCUAAGGACAGGGCCAACAUGCAGCACCGCUACAUAGAACUCUUUCUCAAUUCCACCACGGGGGCCAGCAAUGGGGCUUACAGCAGCCAGGUGAUGCAGGGCAUGGGGGUGUCAGCCGCCCAGGCCACCUACAGUGGCCUAGAGAGCCAGUCAGUGAGUGGCUGCUAUGGGGCCAGCUACAGCGGUCAGAACAGCAUGGGGGGGUAUGACUAGUUGCUUAGGGAGGUUGAAGUCCUCGAUCAAAUUGUCACAGGCAGCCGACACGCAGUGAGGAGCAGUUUAUGACUAGAGGAAGCUGUGGGACCCAUUUUGCACCAUGAGUUUGUGAAAUCUGGAUUAAAAAAUUACCUCUUCAGUGUUUUCUCAUGCAAACUUUCCUUCUAGCAUGUGAUAUUGAGUAAACUAAAACUAUUUUCUUCCUUCCGCUUUUCUCGAUUAACAUUUGGGUAGUAUACUUGGAGUGGUGUUUCCUGAGUUAAGUAGUUAAGUAUGUUAAGGAAACUUUGGAUCCUUGGCGCCGACCCGUGAACACCUUGGGGAGAUGUACUUUUUGGACAACUCAAAGGUGCUAGAUCCCUAAUUCAAAGAGGAACAUUUCUCAUGUUUGUUCAUUCUAGUUUAUAUUUUCAUUUAAAUCUUUUAGGUUAAGUUUAAGCUUUUUAAAAAGUUAGUUUUGAGAAUUGAGACACAAUACUAAUACUGUAGGAAUUGGUGAGGCCUUGACUUAAAGCUUUCUUUGUAAUGUGAUUUCCUUUUGGGUGUAUUUUGCUAAGUGAAACUUGUUAAAAAAUUUUUGUUAACUAAAUUUUUUUCUUAAAAUAAAGACUUUUUCACAAUGA